AUGACAUCUUCUGGCAGAAUCAUCAGUCUGCGAGUCCUCCCCUUGCAAGCGGCGGGCAUGAGUGCACCCUGGCAGCUACCACCCUAUGCAGCCGAGGAUAUCACUUGCAUCCCUCUCACGCUCGGCAAGGGGCUGUACAGAGUAGCAGCAGAACUGAUCCUGCCGACCUCCGUCAAGACUGCACAGAAAUACCCCUGUAUCGUAUUCAUCGGCGGAUCCGGCCCCAUGGAUAAAGACUCCACCACUGGCGCCCUGAAACCAUUCAAGGACAUGGCUCUUGGGCUCGCCAAUCGCGGUGUUGCAUCUUGCCGGUUCGACAAGUUUACUUGCACGAUUGCUGGGAGGGUUCUCAUGCGCCAAUCAACAACCACGCUUACAGAUGAGUACGUCUAUCACGUCAGGCAUGCCAUCCGCAAGGCCCGUCAACAUCCUAGCGUCGACAACGACAAGAUAUUCCUUCUGGGCCAUAGUCUAGGCGGGUUGAUCGCUGCUCGCCUUGCGACAACUGACCCCUCGGUAGCAGGCUGUGUCCUUAUGGCGUGUCCGGCGCAACCGCUCUAUCGGUGUGCUAUUCGCCAACUGCGGUACUUCACGAGUCUCGACGAGUCUGGUGGGCCACCCUCCGACGAUGACACAAGUAAGACAAUUGAGGCACUAGAAAAGCAAGCAGAGAUUGCGGAUGCUCCAACUUUGACCAAAUCAAGGCCAGCCAGCCAACUACCAUUUGGCCUCGGUCCUGCGUAUUGGCUUGAAAAUCGUGAAUUCAAUCCCAUUCAGUCCCUGCAGAGCUCCGAGUGCCCUGUCUUGGUCAUGCAGGGUGCAAGGGAUUAUCAAGUUACCGUCAAUGACGACUAUGCGGCGUUCUACGCAAAGUUCCAGGAUAGUCAGAAUGUGCACUUUAGGCUGUAUGAGAAAUUAAACCACUUGUUUGUAGCAGGAGAGGGGAAGUGUACUCCGGCCGAGUAUGAUAUUGAAGGAAGUGUAGACGUGGCUGUUGUGGAUGAUAUCGAGCAAUGGGUUGAGAGCUGUUGA